CUCCUUACACAGUGAAGACCUGUUAUUAUUAGAAUAUAUAAUACAUGUAGGCCUCCUCUCUGCUGCCAUCAUUUACAUGAUUUGGAGGGUUCGAUGUUCCUCCAGGAUACGGACCUUUGCUGUUCUUCCUGGCUCUGACUGCAUACAUGGUGGUGUUCCUGGCGAACGGGCUGGUGUUGUGUGUCAUUGUGAUGGAUAAAAACCUGCACAGACCCAUGUUUGUKCUGGUCUCUCACCUGAUGGUCUGUGAUCUGAUUGCGGCCACAGUGGUGCUCCCUCGCCUCAUGAUGCACUUCCUCAUGGGGCAGAAGAAGAUCGCCUACACCCAGGCCAUCGCUCAGGGCAUCUGUGCCCACACAAUCGGCGUUGUGACGGUGAACAUCCUGAGUGUGAUGGGCUACGACAGGUUUGUUGCAGUGUGUGAACCUCUCAGGUAUCACUCCAUCAUGACGUCAGCUCGGCUCCACUCCUGCUGCGCUCUGGCCUGGAUUGUGGCCCUGGUGCUCGUCCUCGUGCUCUUCUCCUUCCACAUAAAUGUCCCUCUGUGUGGUCAGACCAUCCAACAUGUCUACUGUGGCAACCGAGCCAUCCUGGACCUGGCCUGCAUUCCAACCCCCGUAAACAACAUCUACGGUCAGAACACUGUUGCUUUUUGUCUCUCUGCCUGACUUUAGCUCAUACCUGUGUUUUUAUGUUCUGCA